CAGCACGUGCGACCGGUCGCGCAUUUACGCGGUGGACGUGAACGCGGGUGUAUCGUUCCGUAUUUUGCCUACACGGAAGUCCACUUUACCGAUCGAAGGUCAAACUGCCGUGUCUGGCAGCAAGUUUGUCGCAAGCUUACGCCAAGAGCUUGCUUUCGUGAGCGCGAAACCUUCCCUAUUGGUGGCCCGAUACGUUCGUAGGUGCACGGGUGUUGGCUAUCGAUCCCGCUGUCCCGAUUUCCUGCAUGUUCAUUGGCGCCUCGGUUGCUAACAGUGCGUCGUAUGGUACAGUGCGGGCUCCGUUCGAUCAGUGCUGUGGCCUUACUGUUACGCUCAAGAUAUUUGUGUAAUUUUACUGGUUUCGUCGGCGUGAUUUUUCCUCGAACCAACGAAAACUCGCGCUCCUUCGUUUCUCCUUCGAAAGCGUCGGCCUGCCGGUAUCCUUGGAAGACAAUGGAUCCUCGAGGAGAGAUCGUGUCCGUGUUCUUCUGAUACUCUUUAUCCUCCAUGGGCAGACUGUACGGCGAUCCAUUGACUGGCAACGGAACGGCACUAGGAACGAUCGAGCGAGCAUAGGAUCAUGGAAUUCUACGACGUGGGAAGCAGCGACCUUAGGGAAUUGUGGGAGUCCUACCUCUCAGAACCGGCCCUCGGCCAGGACGUUCUGAUGGGGGCCAAGGAAGAAGAAUGGGGCAACGCGUUGAGUGUACGAGACAAAUCCUCGCUGGGAGUGGUGUUGAGGGAUCGUUUGAUGACGGAUGCCGCCCUCGGAGGUCCACGACCGAUCAAGUCCGAGCACAAUUACAGUCUGUUGGCGUCGAGUCCUCCUCCAAGUCCCGCGACACCCGGUGCCAACCCCCAUACACCUAAUUCCGGUUCGUCCGCCGACAGGGUAGGCGCUUCCCUCUCCACCACCAGUUCCUCCAUCGAUUCUACUAACCUGGAUCACCAUAAAUCUUUGGACAUUCGAAGCAGGAUCGAUGACAUGGAAGAGGAGUGUUUCCCGGCGAUCUCGAUGAACACCGCGUCGGGACGCGACGAGAUGCCCUCGUCGUCGUCCACGUCGUCUACCUCAGCAAUUAUCCUAAAGAGAAGGAACAACAUAGUACCUGAAGACGUGGAGUGCGCCGAGAUUAAAGGGGAACCCCUGAGCGCGCCCAGCAGCCCCUCGGAGUCUUGUCAGACGACCAUGGUCGACGACAAGAGCACCAUAACCAUGGUGUUCCCUCAGAGUCUUCACUUCUCCAAGAACCACAUGUCGCAGACCAGCGACAGCGAGGAAGACGACGAGGAGUAUUAUCAGGGUAUGGAGGUAGAAGAGUAUAACGGCGAGGCUAGCGACGAGAAGCAGGCGGAUCUGCGCGCGUCCAGGCAGGGUCUGCCGCCGACGCCGCCGAGCAGCGCGAGCUCCGACAGCGAGGGCACUGCUUCCGCUUCCUGUUCGCCGGAACGCAGAGAUUCCCAGAGCUCCGCGCACUCACAGAAUCUCAGGGGCCUGCUCACGCCCAGACUUUACAUCACCAAUGGCACCCACACCACCAGACAGCCCAUCCACACACCCCUGAUUUCCUGUCAACCGAAAGGGUCGACGGGAGUGCUAACGUUGACGGAAGAGGAAAAGCGGACAUUGAUCGCGGAGGGAUAUCCUGUGCCCACGAAGCUGCCUCUAACGAAGCAAGAAGAGAAGUCCCUGAAGAAGGUCCGCAGGAAAAUCAAAAACAAGAUAUCGGCUCAGGAGUCUCGACGGAAGAAGAAGGAGUACAUGGACGGUCUGGAGAGACGCGUGACCAUGCUGACCAACGAGAACUCCUCGUACAGGGACAGGCUGACCGCCCUGCAGGACACGAAUCGCGAGCUAUUAAAGGAACUGCAACGUCUCCAGGCGCUCCUUCAGCUGCAGAACUCGUAGAUACCAAAGGCGUUCAACGUUCUCCAGCUGACACCGAAGACUUCCGAUCCCUGCGAAGAGGAAGGAUCCAGCCAUCGCUGACCAGUGAUCCAUAGUCGUUCCUGGUCGGAAAUAACCACCCCUUUGGCCCCUCGAACGAGAUCCUCGAGUCAUCAUCGGGUCUCCGGUGAACGUUCCAUCGAGUUCCUCCAGGGUGAACGAUCGAAUGUCGUCGCGAUGGACGAGACUAUUUGUCCCAAGGGAACAGUGCAAUUCCUUUACAUUCCUGUAAAGUCUUCCUCGUGUACCGGGCCGAGCAAGUAUCGUAGAUUCCACGACGGAAACGAGUUUCCUACGAGUCCUUGGGUCGCCUUGUCUUCCUGAUUGGACAGGGGUGUGCAAUGGAGGGUGCAAUUUAGCCGGGAGUGCCUUCAUUCGCUAAUUUCCACGCUUCUUCCUUGGCAAUCUUCUUCGUCCAAUCCGUGUUAUCGCGGAUUUCAUUUCGUUUUUCUUUUUUCCUAUUUUUCCUUUCCUACUUUUCUCCUCAUUCUUCGUUUAACGCGUUAAACGCCGCUCUGGGCCCUAGGGAUUUCCGUUCAGGCCUUGUUGGGCCGCAGAGCCCCGAAGGGCCCGCAUGAUGGCUAACUAUGAAAUUGUAGUUAGUAAAACCAGCAUGGCGUUUAAGGUGUUAACCUUCGUUGCGUUUUUACCCAUAUGCACCGUAUUAUAAUUCCGCUGGGAUAUAACAAAUUGUAAUAUAUCGUGCGAAAAUGUGAAAUUGUGAAAUGCGUUCCACGUCGGAUUCAACUCGGAUCAGAGAGGUCGCUGCGCUCGUCUCGCGCAAGAUCGGGACUAGUGGUGCCCUCUGGUGUGCCCGCUUCGCCUCGAUUCUCGACGUCAGCGUGCGAACCACCACUUGGCUAUUUAUUUCGAUGUUUCCGGUUGCUCGGAUAUUUUAGUUUACUUAAUAUAGUAAGGCUGUCCUCGGGACAGUGAUUCGGGGUCCGAUGUUACUGCGAACCGAUCUGGGAUCGAAGGUUGCUUCGUCUCGCCACGAUCGCUUACCACGAUGUUCGAUAGCGAGUAUUCACCCUUUGGGGUUCCUCGGCUCCUUUUUGAAGCAUUUAAUAGGAAGACGAGAGAUUUCGUACCUGGGUAUAAGAUUGCAAAGUGCCAGGGAUUUUGCGAAAUAUUGUAAAGUGCAGAGUAAAUAUCGCGAAGCGACUGUGCGCCUCCUCAAAGGGUUAAUUCCGCGGGAAAAUUCGAACGAACGACGAGGAUUGAGUGGUCCAGCGAUAAUUAAGCGUCGACUAAUUAAAGUAUUUAAGAGCGUAAGUGGAUUUUCAGUCGCGGCGUAACCGUGUCGAUAUUUAUAGUUCGAUGAUAGCGAACGAUAACUCUUCGAUUUUCGUCCAAAUGAUUAUAUAAAAUUAGAAAUGAACAGGUGGAUAAGUUAAGGUAGUAACACGACGUACAAUUGAAUCGAUGAAUGUUCAACGCGUUAGGUAUAGAAAUUCUAGAUAACGAAUAAGCAUUAAAGAGAGGUGAGAUAUUUUAUCUAGAGCGAAUUCGAUGAUCGUGUGCGCCUAUUUUCUCGAGAAAUGAAUUGUUAGAUUGAUAUAUAUAUUAUUAUUAUAUAUUUAGAAACUUAUUUAUAGGAUUCAUUCACGUGAGAUGCAGAUUUGUAUAUUGUAUUUGUGAAACAAAAUGUUAUUUACACGGCCAUCCGAACGUUCGGUGGCUCGUUCCAUUUGUGGGCUUGAGGAGAACGUGUGCAAUGACGAUGACUUCGAUCCUUUCUUCGAAGGACGCGCCACUGUAGGGCUAA